AUGGGAGACCUGGAGUCUGGUUUUGAAGAGAUGCAGGGUGUGAAGCUGGGCUAUCUGGUGAUUAAAGGCAAGCAAAUGUUUGCCCUCUCGCAAGUCUUCACUGACCUCUUGAAAAAUAUCCCAAGGACUACUGUGCACAAACGAAUGGAUCACCUAAAUGUAAAGAAGCAUCACUGUGAUUUAGAGGAACUGCGAAAACUCAAAGCAAUAAAUUCAAUAGCGUUCCAUGCGGCUAAAUGUACCCUGAUUUCACGAGAGGAUGUAGAGGCACUGUAUUUUUCUUGCAAAACUGAACGUGUGCUUAAAUCCAACAAAAGGAAGGUAAAAAUCAAGCCAUCGGAGAGUGUGCGUGCUGGCCAGGUUCACGAUGAUUCGCAGGAUGGAUUUUGGAAAGAAAAAGUUUGGUUAAGUUUGCACAGCGUUCCACAGACUUUUUCAUUUAAAAACAAAGCUGGCCGGCAAGAGACUGCCUCCCGACCCGACUCCAAUCUACCUCAAAUUUACAGCAAAUCGCUUCGUCAUGACUUCCAAGCUGUCACAAAGUCUGCAAGUAAAACGUUCAAAAACUAUGAAACAACUCCGAUACCUGGCAACUAUGUAGCCUUUAACCAGCGACACUCGUUUUUUCGGAAUGCUGUGAGCCGACAGCCCGCUCUCUACCAGUCCGCCAUUGCAGCUCAGUCCAAGCUCGCAGGCACCGCCGACCUACUUUACAAGAGGAAAAGGAAGCGCGAGAGCACCGGGAGGCAGUUCUGGAACCGGAGCAGACCCAGUCAACAGCUUUUGUUUGUUCCGAAGUGCUGCAAGACAAAAACACCCAACGGCUCUUUUCACCUUGAUCACGACUUAUACCUCGACCACCCGCACACUGGGAGUUUUCAGGAGAGUUGCAGCAGCGACACGGAAUCUAGUUCCUUCUCGGAGCGUGUAAACAAUGACUCGGAUUUUGGGUCAAGUUUGUCCACGACUAGCAACUCCGGAACCUCGGAUGAGGAGGAGGACGAAUCCCCCUCGGAGUCUUCGGAUGUCAGUUCCGACGAGGAGAGUUCGUCCCAGUCUGAUUCGAGUUCUGUGUCCAGUCAAGUGUCCAUACAGAGUAUUCGCUUCAGACGCGCAAGAUUUACGAGUCUGAACACUAAAGCACCUUUGCUUCUGCAGCCUACUUUCCACUACAAUCUCCAGCAAAGACCAGGCGCACAUAGUGGAACAACUGCACCGAAUGAUGACAAAGGCAAAAAACAGCAAAAAUGUGGCUUUACCAAAUGCAGGGAUAACCACGGGGAUGGCGAUGCCUUAAAUUUGCCUAAAUUCAACACGUCUGUUGCUGCGAGUUACUUCAUUGAUUCUAAAGGAGAAGGAGUUUCCUGCACACAACCACAGUUUGAAUUCCCAAAUGAUCCAAAGACGGAGGACCUUACAGCUAACGGAGUUAAAGAUACAGGCCCAUCUUGCGUAAAUGGAAACAAAGCAUUUCUGCAACAAAGGACACCAGGACAUACAAACAAAUGCCCUCAAGCCUUGAUUUCACACUGUGCCCAAGACAAUGAAACAAUAGUUUCGACGUCCUCUGAAAACAAUCUUUCAUUAGCCUCCCAUUUCAAACGAGAAGUGAAAAAUAGCCACUGCCUGAGACAACCCUCACCUCUGAAAGCCAUCAAAACAGAGGCGGGGGAACCCAUCUCGGCCACAAGUUCCAGCAGCGAGACCAGACCGGUGAAAACACCCACCACUCUACUAAAUAAUGUCAAAAUCAAAGUGGAAAGUACAUAUGAUGAGUACGAAUAUGCGACUCAGGGUUAUGCGUACUCGACCAAAGGACAAGAGUCAGAAACCAACUACAGUCAUGGCCCUACUAACGAGUUAAAACCAACUGACCGGUCAAGUCACUUCUCUAAAGCUAGCGAAAGCACUGCCAUUAUUCACAGGAAGACCCGUAGUAACCCAGAAGCAGAAAGCACUUUAAACAUUGCUUGUCCAGUGGAAGGGGAGUACAAAAAUGGUGCACGAGUUCGGAAAAACUACAGGAGUUUGGCACUGGGAAGUAAGGCUGAGGCUCCGCGGAUUCAGGCGAGGGUGACUGCGGGAGUUGACAGGAGUCCUCAUCCAGCAGGUAAAGCGGAUAGUAAUGAAGGAUCAGGCGAGGGUUGCACGGGGACCAAUAAGCGCAAACGUGCGACUAGUCAUGGGGCAUGUGGGAAAAAACCCUUCAACUUCAUGGCGAAUUUUCCAUUUCCGCCAUCACUAGUUCUUGGCAGUGAUGGAGAUUUGACUCCAGCUUACUCUUUGAACUCUUUAAGAAACAACGAACUGCCUCAUAAGUCUCACCCUGUUUGGACAUGGCAGCUUGGUGGAUCUGUCGUACCUCCCCCACCCAGUCAGAGAUUCAGGAAAUGCUAAUGUUACAAGCUCUCAUCUCGUGAAAAUGUGCUUUGUUUAUUUAUAACCGCGUCUUAAAAUGUGUGCACUGAUGAGCCUACGUCUCACCUUCAUUCGUGUUUGCUUUUGAGGAUAAGCACGCCGAGUUGUCAUGGAACUACACGUGCACAAUAUGGAGCUGGGCCUCUGAACGUUUCUGUCUUAUCAUUUGGACUGAGUGAGACACGUUCCAGGAGUCCUGUCUGAUCAGACGCUGGAGAAUAUCGGCUAUUCCCUCAAGCAAUGGCUGUGGUAUUGCAAACGUGCUUUUCCUCUGUAUUGACCCUAUGUACACGCCAUGGUGCUCGACCUGUUGGAUUUUAGGUUUUCAUUGUUAAUAUUAAGUAAACCUUGAGUUAUUUACAGUUGUGGAAAAAACCUCUUGAAACCAGUGGAGUUCUCAUUGUUCCCGCACCGGCAGGGCAUGGACACACCGUUGGGUGAUGAUCAAAAGGACUGACUGUUGAAGUGGAUAUGUUCUUUGUUUUUUUACAGGGGUUUGGACAUGAUCUUUUGUUUGGAGAUAUUUAAAUUACGUGAUUUGGUUUGAAAUGGGUUGUCGCUGUUCAAUGUUUUUUUGUUGUUGUUAAAAGAAACUCCCCAUAGCCUUGUGUGUUUGUAUGGGCCUGUGUACAAGCAUCCCAAUGCGUCUGUAGGCCUCAGUACCGACAAUCAGGAGUUGUUUGAUUUGCACGAUUGCAUACAAGGGAAAAACACACCAAAUCGAUGUCUUGUGAGCACACACACAUUAGGUUUAUACAGACAGAUAGAUGAGCACAAAUUCACCAUUGCACUUUGACACAAUAGCGAGGCCUAGGCUACAUCAAGUGUAUGAUUUUUUAUAAGAGGAAUGUUCUGAACCUCAUAUCUCCUAUAACAAUAGCAGGUAUAAAGUGCCCAGUAAACUGAGUAAAUGUAGAUCUUUUUUUAUCCUUGAACCCGUUUUCUGAUACCCAUCAAUACUUGUUUAUUAUGAUAGGCUGAUUAUGGGGUUAUACAGCAGAAACAGCGCAAAUGUGAAUUAUUUGCGCAAAAUAUUCUGUACAUUGUGUAAUAUACCUUUGUGAAUCAUGGGUUGGGAAAUCCCAUAAUCACACGGGUCCUUAUGCCCAGCUGAGAUUUUGUUCGCUCUGACCCACUAUUCAAGUGCUAUUUUUAAUUACUAUGGCUACCCUUGGAGGGUAAGUCCUCGAAUGUCAAAGAGAUAAGAAUUGUGUUUUUUGUUUGCCAAUGAAAUGAUAUUUUGUGUGCUAAUUCAGAGCCAUUAUUAUACAAGUCAAAAUGGACACUGUGGAUGCUAUGUCAUGAAUGUACUUCAGCCCUCCAAUAUGCAUCUGGGCUUACCAUAGCAACGCAAAGCUGGGUUGCUAUAAAAGCUCACAGUUCAGCUCCUGGUCGAGAAUGGCAGCGUUGAAAUUCUGCUGAAAUCUAGUCACUGUCCCAGACAUUCAGAGUUCAUUCAGAGGCCAUUUUUGUGUAGGCUGUAGAGCUUUCCCCUCACAAAACUAGGCUUCACGUGUCUUGGUUUAAAGGAAAAAGAACAGGGGUUUUGUAAAGAUAGCACACACCCCUAGACUGUUAAAUGUAGGUCGUAGGCCUACGUAAGGGCCUCAUGAUCCAUGUAUUUUUGUAUUUCAGGUGUGGAUGUGUACAUAAAGCAUUGCGCUCGUAGCCUAUUUUUAAGAAGUUAAAGCCAGCCUCGCAGACUGAUUGUAUGGGGUUACGCAAACGUAGGAGCACACCACACAGGCCACAAUGAGAGGUGAGGAGAAGGCGUUCUCUAAAUAAUAAUAAAAUAAAUAAAUAAACACGGCCCUCGCACGCACCAGUUCAGCAAGGAACCUUUCACCCGUAAUCCCCGUGUCGAAGUGCCCCGCGAGGCCAGGGAAUGUAGCGUUGCAAUCGGGCUGAAGCACAAGGUAUCUCAACGCAAGGAUCGCCAAAUGACAUGCCGUGUAGAAUUUAGAACAGAUUAAGGGAAUGAGCAUGUGGCUCUCCAUAGCGUUAAGGGUCCCAAUAUGAGCACGAGGCUGAGGAGUGGCGCGUAAACACUACAGUGGUCUAGAUGCAGAUUCGUGUGUGAACGUCUUUCCUUUGUCCUUCUGCAUUUUUAAAAAAAUAAUAAUACUUGAGGUCAAAUGAUGACAUGAAAUUUGAAGUCACUGGUUGUUUAUAUGAAAACCUGAAUAUUUAUUUUUUAGUGAUUUUCUUUCUUUUUUUUGAUAGGCCUACCAUUGUUGUGUAGAAUGAACGCACUCGAGAUGAAAACUUGAAUGGUGGAUUCUGAAGCACUUUCUCUUUCUUUUUAAGCUAAGAAUGGUUAAUUAAAUGCAUUUGGGUGUGGAUGUCAGUGAGUCUUAUUUCCUGUGAAGGAGCCUUACUGUAGGCCUACAUGUCAAUCGCACACACACUGGGUCAUUCAGGACCUUAUUCUCAGUUGGUGACCACAACAUCUUCGUCUCUGGCAUAAUACUGUUGAAAUUUGGAAUAGGGAAAAAACACGAGGUUACAACUGUAAAUAGUAAA